UUGACGUGGCAUGAGGGGCGGAAGUCUUCGGCUACGCGACUCUUUUUGCUCCCAGGCUAGAGGGAAGUCGGGAGGAAGGAAAAUUCUGUCACCGGUGUAUGUGAAAGUAUUCCAGCUGUAUUUUUCUUCCUAACUAAACUAACUUGUCUGUUUCGGACACUCUGAUCCGCCGUUCUUCAUCGCUUUUUACCAUCAGAGUUUGAGAGUGAUCUGCGGCAAGGCAAAUCUCCUUGGGUGCAGAGCAGGAGACUGGGUUGCAGUCAUGGCGAGCUGGGGAGGAGCUACACGACCAAAUGGACCAAAUGCUGGAAAUAAGAUCUGUCAGUUCAAGUUGGUGCUCCUGGGGGAGUCGGCUGUGGGAAAGUCUAGUCUCGUCCUCCGUUUUGUCAAAGGACAGUUCCACGAGUUCCAGGAGAGCACUAUAGGAGCGGCAUUCCUGACCCAGACAGUGUGUUUGGAUGACACCACGGUGAAGUUUGAAAUCUGGGACACAGCUGGUCAGGAGCGAUACCACAGUCUAGCACCCAUGUACUACAGAGGUGCGCAGGCCGCCAUUGUGGUGUAUGACAUCACAAACGAAGAGUCCUUUGCACGGGCAAAAAACUGGGUCAAAGAACUUCAGAGACAAGCAAGUCCAAACAUUGUCAUAGCUUUGGCUGGAAACAAGGCUGACCUUGCUAACAAGAGAGCAGUGAAUUUCCAGGAUGCACAGUCAUAUGCAGAUGACAACAGCUUGCUGUUCAUGGAGACGUCAGCAAAGACUUCCAUGAAUGUGAAUGAAAUUUUCAUGGAAAUUGCAAAGAGAUUGCCCAAGAAUGAACCCCAAGCUUCUGGAGCAAGCAGUGUCAGAAACAGAGGAGUGGACCUGACUGAGACGGCACAGCCCAGCAAGGCCACCUGCUGCAGCAACUAACCCCACCUUGCAGUUUGGUUUUCUAACUCUGUAACAUCUGGUCAAGGUUCCCCUUGGCCCCAGCACUCUGUGGACUAGCUAAAGACUCUGUAUGGCAUUGUUUCUAAUCCAGUUUCUUUUAUCAUUAUACUUUUUUUUUAUUUUUUUUUUUUUUUAUUACUUGGAAAUGAAGAAUGCAUGUGUCACUAAAAGACUUAAUCAUAAGAUUUUAACAUUCCUCAGAAACAGAAAGACAAAUUAACAAUGAUACAUAAGACAGACUUUUGGGACAGAAAAAUGCAAUUGAUUCAAGAAGACAAGUUGUCCUCAGCUCCACUUUUGCUAGUAUGGCCAAGUUAUUGAUAAAUAUAUCCAAAUGGAAUCUUGUUAAAAUUCUUAUCUGUCCAACUACAUAAUCAUGCUAAAGGCAACUCUUCACUUUCAUGUUGUCAUCUUGUCUAGAUAUCCUCUCAACAUUGUACAGUUACAUAUGUAUAGUGUUGAUGCAGUAACUGGUGUUUGCAACAGCCCUCUGGCACAAAAAUCACUCUUUUUCUAUUGUACCAUUUCAGUUAAUAGUUUUAGUUGAAGAAUAUUACAAUUGGUUGACAGGACAUGUUAAAAUUCAGACCACUGUAUGGAAUGGUCCAGUCUUUGCACCCUUUAUAGAUAUGCAAUUUUUUUUUUGUUUUAUGUUUUGCUUUAACAAAGUGGAAAUAACCCGUUUUCAGUUUGUAUAAUAUGAAUAAUAUGCUGUAUAUAGAUAGUACGUUUCUGUGUAGCUUACAUUAUACAUAUUAGGAGACUGGUUGUUAUCUCUAGUGUUAAACUACGGAAACUAGAAGCAGCACUACUGUUGAAUGGGAUAUUUCAUAAAAAGUUGUGAUUCUCAUUUAUAAAUGUAUGUAGUUAUUAACAAAGGAAUUUGCAUUUUCUUAAUGUUCUGUUCUUUUGUCAGAAUUGUCUUUAUUUUUCUAAUGUUUGUGGGUUCACUGCUACAGUAGGACAGUGACAACCAAAUUAUGAAAUAGUAUACAACUGAAAUCUAAUAUAUUGAAUUUUUAAAACAAGAUGUGUAGCUUGAUUGAUUAACUCUCCGCUAAGCACUUUUUAACAAUUAAGCUCUUCCAAUUAUUGGUUUACAGUAAUAUUAGGAACUGAUCAAUGAUACAAUGUUAUGGCAUUAUUUUAUGAAUUAUUUUCAGAUAUGCUACUUUUCUCCAUGUACAUAUAGUGCAGCAGCAGUUUAAAUGCAGGAAAGUUACACUUCUGUUAAGUUUUCAGUCCAAAUAAAGACAUUUUAAUGGGACUGCUUGAA